AUGUCCUCGCUGGUGAAGGAGGAGCUGGCGAAGAGGCUGUUCGGCCCCCGGCGGCUGAGGCUGCAGGAGUUCAUCGAGGUGGAGGAGGGCUCGGGCGCCCAGCGAUGCUACCUGUGCGCCGCAGUGACUAAAAGUGAAGAAGUAGAAAUAUGCAUGGUUAAACACUUGCGAGUGGAUCGAGAGGAGAAAUAUGAAAUAGUUGAAAAGUGGUUUUUGAAAGAUCUUGAGAUGAUUGAUGGAAAAGAAGCAGAUACUGAUAAUCCAUAUUUUGAUAUGCACUUCCACAAAGUCUACAAUCUGGAAGCAUAUAGUUGUGCAUCUAAAUAUACCUUUGCUCGAACGCUAAACAAACUGAAUGAAAUGUACCUUAAGAAGGACUUGAAGAUCGUGAACUUUGACGACACCUACCUAAAUGAUGACUCAAUCUGGUCAUCCAACAACAGGGAUUGCUUAGUACUUAUGAGGAUAUGCUUCUAUGCUUCCAACCUUUUAUGUCUCUCCCUGUGUCCUUUGACCUAAAGAUGCAUUUUCUAACAUUAAGGUUGACUGGUUGAAUUCUGCUGACCAGCAUUUCAUAAAUCAUCUGAUCAAAAAGAUAGUAAGUAAUAUGCAGCAUCUGCUGCAUAUUUGUAAUAUGCAGUAUCUUCCCUGGAAGAUCUCACCCAUAACAGAAAAUAACAGCUGGACUUGUGACAGCAUUAUAUUACAGUAGAAAGAGAGGAUGAAUUAAAGCUGUAUAGAGCAAGAGCUGAAGAGGAACAAAGCUGACAACAAGAAGCCCAGUGACGUUGCCCAGCGUCAGUCAGCUAAGCUAACCGGCUGCUCUUCCCAGAGUCAAUAAAGAAAUGCCAAAAACCCAGAAGGUCAUUCAGAGAAGCUUCUGGUCAGAACGUCCUGCAAGAGAAGGUUUCCUUUCUCUUUCGGCAGCCAAGAGAGUACAAGGAGACGAGCUGUGGACUAAACCAGCUGCGUACCUAAAGCUGACGGAUGUAAAUCACUCCUCGGAGAUCAUGGUCUGGUUACUGUCCUCUCUCAGAACCUGCCAGCUGUAAAAUGGGGGAGUCACACAGGGGUACUGUGACUCACACUUUGCUGUUGUCUUUCGUAUGGACUCCCACCUUUGAAAACAUUUGUGUAAAUGUACUUUGGAUUCAAAGUUGAAUAUCAUCAAAUACGGGAGAAUGUAUUUGAAAAACUGUAUAA